AAGCCCAAAUAAAUAAUGUUAAAGUCAAAGAUACAGAGGGAGAAGUAGAGACGUAUCUGACUGAUAUAAAGGCAGAAGAUAUAGAGGGAGAAGAAGAGACGUAUGUGACUGAUAUAAAGGCAGAAGAUAUAGAGGGAGAAGAAGAGACGUAUGUGACUGAUAUGAAGGCAGAAGAUACAGAGGGAGAAGAAGAGAUGUAUGUGAGGGGUGAUCAGCAGUGUAUGGAGGAGGAGAUCCCUACAGAUAUCAGCACAGAUGGACACACAAGCAGGAACAUCUCAGAAGGACAUCUAAUGUUAUCCCUGGAUUCUGAAAUAACCGAUAACGACAGUAGACAGGAUUCUCCAGGAGCUAACCCCAUUACCCCAAUUAUACAUCCAGCUCUAUCAGCUGAUCCCUCUGAUCCUGGGAAAUGUUCUCCUGAUCACUCUGAUAUUGGUGCAUCUGUUACAGCUCUGAGAGUAGAUACAGUGUUUCCCUGUUCUAUAGAUGCCAAAUAUUUUACACAGAACACAAAGCGUAUUACCAAUCAGCCAGCUAAGGCAGGUAAGAAGCCAUUUCCAUGUUUUGAGUGUGGGAAAUGUUUUACAUAUAAAUCAAAUCUUGUUACACAUAAGAGAACUCACACAGGUGAGAAGCCAUAUUCCUGUUCUGAGUGUAGGAAAUGUUUCGCACAGAAAUCAGCUCUUGUUGAACAUGAGAGAAGUCACACAGGUGAGAAGCCAUAUUCCUGUUCUGAGUGUAGGAGAUGUUUUGCAACAAAAUCACAUCUUGUUAUACAUCAGAGAAGUCACACAGGUGAGAUGCCAUUUUCCUGUUCUGAGUGUGGGAAAUGUUUUGCAACAAAAUCACAUCUUGUUUUACAUCAGAGAAGUCACACAGGUGAGAAGUCGUAUUCCUGUUCUGAGUGUGGGAAAUGUUUUGCACAGAAAUCAAAUCUUGUUAGACAUCAGAGAAGUCACACAGGUGAGAAGCCGUAUUCCUGUUCUGCGUGUAAGAAAUGUUUUGCACAGAAAUCAGAUCUUGUUACACAUCAGAGAAGUCACACAGGUGAGAGGCCGUAUUCCUGUUCUGAGUGUGGGAAAUGUUUUGCACAGAAAUCAAAUCUUGUUACACAUCAGAGAAGUCACACAGGUGAGAAGCCAUUUUCCUGUUCUGAGUGUGGGAAAUGUUUUGCAUGGAAAUCACAACUUGUUACACAUCAGCGAUUUCACAGAUGAGAAGCCAUUUUCAUGCUGUGAGAGAAAUAAAUCCGCUCUUGUUGAACAUAUUAGACAUUACCAAAGUACAGAACCAUUUCAAUCUUCUGGAGUAUAAUUAUCACUGUCGUGCAAUGUUCCUCAAGGGUGAAUCCGAUCUCCUAUGCUUUAUAAAAUAUACAUGCUACCACAGGGUGAUAUAAUCAGACGUCAUGGCCUGGUCUACCACUGCUAUGCAGAUUACCUGCUUUUUGCUCCAUGUACUGAGAACCUAAUACCAAUAAAUGGUUGUCUAGCUGAGCGCCAGGGGUGGAUGAUGCCAGUUGGCUGUGACUCAGUCUUUGUGAAACAUAAUAGAAGCUCACCAACAAAGGACAAGACUACAGCUUUACCAACCAUCUGGAUUUAUGCUUUGGUGUUCAGAAUUGCAAAAUACUGAACAUGUGCUGAAUCUUUGUGUUGUCCUGGUAUGUGGCUGACACAGACAUCAGGUAUCUGCCACAUACAAAUCCUCAUUCUUCCAUCUGUGGACCAUAGCCAGAAUCAAGCACUUGAUUCCCUCAGAAGUUCAUAGACUACUGCAAUGCCAUCUACCUGGGUCACCCAGCAAAAGAAUUACAGAGCUUGCAGCUAGUACAGAAUGCAGCAGCCAAGCUGUUACCUGACCAGCCCGUUCCUGCCGCAUAACAUCCAUUCUCUACUCCCUUCACCGGCUGCCUGUAAGAUGACAAAUCUAUUUCAUAAUUGGCUAACUGACCUUCCCAGCCCAACAUUACAUGGUCCAAGGAACUAGAAGCAGCUCCUGCCUCCUUACUGCCCUGCUUGCUUGCUUCUACAGAUGGACUGUUACCAGCAGUACCAAGAAUCUCCUGUCAUUCAUUUAAGGGUUGAACUUUUAGCUUUGCAGCCCUGACCAUGGAACGUACUGCCUUGCACAGUCCAAGAGGCCACCACUCUAGAGACCUUCACAAGCAGACUGAUGACUGUUACUCACACUUUUCAUUAAUGUACCUCUGUUUACUUCCUAAAUAAUACAUCCCAAAUGCUUAGGUCUUUUUUCUGCUGUUUAUUUUGUAUCUUGUGCUUUGUGUAAAUGUGAAUGUCUAAUACCAGUUUCCACAAUCUGUAUUGCUGCACGACAAUAUGGCGGCCAUUGGAACGUGUUUUCACUUCUAGUUUGCCUAACUUGUUGCAGUCACUCAUCUUGAUAAGGAGUGCCGAGUGUUUUCUGAUACAAGAUCCUGUCCAUAUAUACCCUGUACAUUAUCAUGUGCAUUAGAGUCACCCGGGUUCCAUCUGCGGUGGUUUGUUGUAUGUUACAUCUAUAUGGUGCGGAUACUCCCCUGUAUUUCAUAAUAAAAGCUUUUGUUUGCAUCUAA